GAAAUGGCAAAGAAAUAUUUUAAAUAAAACUUUAACGCAUACAAAAUCAGGUGCAAAUGUGUUUGAACUUCUAUCUUGAAAUACGAUAAAAAUUAUUCCUAUUGAAAAACAAACAAUAUUUCGGUGCGUUUGUAAAUGUUGUGCGGAACACAAACUUGAAAAAAAUGACAGCGUUGCCACCUAACAGAGUUAAAAGCGGUUAUAAUAAAAGCCGAUAUACAAGUCAGUGGUCCUCAUCGAUUGCGAUAACUCCUUUUCGUUUAACAGUUAAUUAUCGAUAUCUAUGGGGCAAAUUGAAAACCUUAUAAAAUAUGUGAAAGUGCGCGUCCAACAAAGAGAAAAUUGGGCAGUCGCGGUUGCUAAAGAGGCAACUAACUAAAAAUAAUCGACCAUGUGUGGCGUUGGGCACGCAAUUAGCCAAAGUACUUAGCAAAGCGACGCAACCGAGGGAAAUAUUCUGUUGGGGUCGGCUACCAGUCGAGAGAGCAAACCAAUCUCCUGCUAUAUUUAUAAUUGGCGACUCCAACUAACGCGUCUGGCAGUCACUCUUAGCGCUCGCUUUUGGUCGAGCACAGCGCGCAUUACCGUGAAAAAAUUAACCAAAAAAAAAUUAUUUAAACGCUUUGUCUUGUUGCUUUUGUAGGUGGAUAACACGUAAUCGAGGCAAAUGCAAGAUUACAGCGAAAAACUGAACGAUGUCUACGAUGAGCAGCUGGGCAGGCAUCUGGUUGCCAGCAUGAGCAUCGAGGCAGGCGAAACGCUGCUGGACGAGCGACCGCUGCUGGUGGCGCCGCAUUGGGAAUGCGGUCAGCUAAAGUGCGCCCAAUGCCUGCAGGAAUCGUAUGUCAUGUGCCGCAAGUGUCAGGUAUAUCCGUUAUGCAUGGAUUGCAGCGAACAUGAUGCGUUUGAGUGCGAAUUCUUUGCCAGCGGCGCGGGCAGUCGCAUUAGCAAGGAUUUGCUGGUUAAGAAUUAUGGCAUCUGUGCGCUGUUGAAGCUGCUCCUGCUGCUGGAGCAGCCGGACCAGCGUGCGCUGUGCCAGACGCUGUUGGACACGCCAGUCAAAUUGGAGGACUAUCGCAAUGAGGAUGGCCUCUGGCAAGAGCGUGACGAGCAGGUGGUGCGUCCCUUAAUGUCCAGUGGCCUGGUCCAGGCAUUUCCCGACCAGCAACUGACUGCGGAAGUGCUGCACGCCCAUUGCAUACGCAUCGACAACAGCGCUUAUGAGGUGACCGCUCGAGACGGGGACACACUAAAGGGCGUUUAUGUGCGCGGCGCCAGUUUGCCGCAUAGCUGUGUGCCCAACACGGUGGUGGCUCUCGACGAGCAGUUCAACAUGAAGCUAUAUGCUGCAGUGCCUCUAGAGAGUGGCGACAUCAUUUACACAUCCUACACGAAUCCAUUGAUGGGCACCAGCCAGCGUCAGCAUCAGCUGCGUCUGAGUCGGCACAAGGAAUGCGCUUGUACGCGUUGCCUGGAUGCCACCGAGCUGAACACACACAUGAGCAGCAUGAAGUGCAGAGGCUGCCCCGAUGGCUAUGCCGUUUGCCAGCUGAGCGGCAGCGGCGAUUGGCGCUGCCUUAAUGCGAGCUGUGGCGCUGUCAUUCCAGCCACCGAGGUGCACGAGCUGCUGGCCGAGGUGGGCAGCGCCCUGGUCGAGGCCAGGGGCGAGCUAAGCGCCUAUGAGACUCUACUCGACCAGCACAAGCAGCUUCUACAUCCCAACCACUUUCUGUUGCUGGACAUUAAGCAGAAUAUUGCCAGCAUCUUGCGUGCGGCAUCUCUAAUGAAUUCCUUAAAUGAUCCUUGCAAGAAACUGUUGGCACGCCGCGUGGAGCUCUGUGGCGAUCUGUUGCCCGUUUGUCGUGCUGUCGUGCCCGGUCUCUCCAAGCUUUAUGCCAUAGCGCUCUUCGAGUAUCUGCUGGCCUUUGUGGAGCUAACCGAACUGCAAUUUGCCGAGGGCGAUGUUAACAAAAAGGAGUAUGUGGCGCAGCUUACACGUGCACGCUCGGUGGCCAAGGAAGCGUUGGACUUGCUACAGUUUGAGCCGGAAAAUUCGGCGGAGGGUUUUUUAACCGACCGUAUUGGCGUGGAGCUGGAACGCAUUGAAUCCGAUUUGAUGAAAUAUGGAAAACUUUAACGCGAAACCGGAAUUUAUUUGUGUAAUACAACUAUAGUGAGAGUCCGUCGCACGGACAGCUCCUUUGAGCGGACAUGUCGUUUAGGCGAACCAUUUUUGUGUACUCCAUACUUUUUCAAGAGAAGCUUUACAGAAAGAACAAUUCUCUAUUCUCUAUUUUUUGCUUAACCAAAAAAGAAAUAUUUUCAAUCACAAAUAUUUAUCCAUCAUGGUUUAUGUAUAAAUUUUGGGUAGCAAGAAUAUAAACAAUGUUAAAUAAAAAA